GUGCUGUACAGCACUGCAGCAGCGCAGUGCCGGCUCCAGCAGUGGCAGGAGGCCAGAGCCACCCUGGAUAAGGCCGUUGUGUGGAGACCCGAAGGAAGAACAGCAAUCCUGGACAUGGCCCUUGAGCGGGUGCAGAACCGUCUGUUUUUAGAGCCCAUGCAGGUUCCUCUUGGGGAAUUUUUCAGACCACGAAAGAAGGAAGUUGAACAGCUGGAUUCAAAAGAUUUCCUGGGUAAACCCAAGGUGAUCUCGUCCAUCAUUCCCAAUGACGAGUACAUUGGCUUCGAGCCUCUCAGGCCUCAGAAACAGGGCUUUUAUGAACCCAGUGCUGAUGCUCUGCGAGACAGUGAAUCAGGCUACUAUCGAGUUUUGUCCCACUAUUACCCUAAGGACUCAGAGAAUUUGGCAGUGAAAGCUGGCAGUUUGGUCUUUGUGCUGACAAGAGGAGCAGAUGGCUGGGCUACAGCCAUACACGAUGGCCAGAAGCUGCACUUACCGAGCUCUCUCCUGGAGCCUGCCUCAAAGAUGGAUAAAUGGAAGAUCAGUGAUGGGAUCCCCCUCCCUCCUGCCCAGGUGCCUCCCAGCCGACUCCAUAUGAAGCAGAAGCCAGAAUCUCCUGGGGGAGAAAAUGCCUCUGCAAAUGAUGCUGGUGCCCAAACAGACUUCAAG